AUGCACAACAACUUGCACAACGAUAAAUACAUCGACGACAACUCGCCCACCCAAAUCACCAUCAACAACAAACCAAAACUCCAAAACGUCACCAAACUCCGCUACAACACCAGAGACGACACAAACGUGCACAACAACAUGCACGAAAAUUCAGACAACUAUAACACCAUCACCCACAACAAACACAGAUGCGACAUCUCCAUCUACAACACAAUCAAUUACAUCAACAAAAACAACAAUACCGACAACAAUAACCACCAAGACCUCAUUCCACUCCCCCAGUCCAUCCACAACACAGGUGCCAACUUCCACAUCGCAAAGGCAACGCCGACAACCACAGGGCGUACAUCACCAUCUGGAUCGACCGGCACAUCAUCGCCGUUGACCACACCAUCCGCAACGCCAACACACUCGUCUCAUGCAUCCAGUACUCCGUCGGCUAGGACGACUGUAUCUCCAUCGUCUACGUCACAUGGAUCCACAGCAUCGUCGUCAUCAAGCCCCACGAACACAGGAUCUACUGAAAGGCACUCAACGACCACACCAACAUCCGCUACGUCCAGGACAUCAUCUGAAUCUACCAGUACAUCCAGAAAGGCAACGCCGACAACCACAGGGCGUACAUCACCAUCUGGAUCGACCGGCACAUUAUCGCCGUUGACCACACCAUCCGCAACGCCAACACACUCGUCUCAUGCAUCCAGUACUCCGUCGGCUAGGACGACUGUAUCUCCAUCAUCUACGUCACAUGGAUCCACAGCAUCGUCGUCAUCAAGCCCCACGAACACAGGAUCUACUGAAAGGCACUCAACGCCCACACCAACAUCCGCUACGUCCAGGACAUCAUCUGAAUCUACCAGUACAUCCAGAAAGGCAACGCCGACAACCACAAGGCGUACAUCACCAUCUGGAACGACCGGCACAUCAUCGCCGUUGACCACACCAUCUGCAACGCCAACACACUCGUCUCAUGCAUCCAGUACUCCGUCGGCCAGGACGACUGUAUCCCCAUCGUCUACGUCACAUGGAUCCACAGCAUCGUCGGCAUCAAGCCCCACGAACACAGGAUCUACUGAAAGGCACUCAACGCCCACACCAACAUCCGUUACGUCGAGGACAUCAUCCGAAUCUACCAGUACAUCCAGAAAGGCAACGCCAACAACCACAGGGCGCACAUCACCAUCUGAAUCGACCGGCACAUCAUCGCCGUUGACCACACCAUCUGCAACGCCAACACACUCGUCUCAUGCAUCCAGUACUCCGUCGGCCAGGACGACUGUAGCCCCAUCGUCUACGUCACAUGGAUCCACAGCAUCGUCGUCAUCAAGCACCACGAACACAGGAUCUACUGAAAGGCACUCAACGCCCACACCAACAUCCGCUACGUCCAGGACAUCAUCUGAAUCUACCAGUACAUCCAGAAAGGCAACGCCAACAACCACAUGGCGCACAUCACCAUCUGGAUCGACCGGCACAUCAUCGCCGUUGACCACACCAUCCGCAACGCCAACACACUCGUCUCAUGCAUCCAGUACUCCGUCGGCUAGGACGACUGUAGCCCCAUCGUCUACGUCACAUGGAUCCACAGCAUCGUCGGCAUCAAGCACCGCGAACACAGGAUCUACUGAAAGGCACUCAACGCCCACACAAACAUCCGCUACGUCGAGGACAUCAUCCGAAUCCACAAGUACAUCCAGAAAGGCAACGCCAACAACCACAGGGCGCACAUCACCAUCUGGAUCGACCGGCACAUCAUCGCCGUUGACCACACCAUCCGCAACGCCAACACACUCGUCUCAUGCAUCCAGUACUCCGUCGGCUAGGACGACUGUAUCUCCAUCGUCUACGUCACAUGGAUCCACAGCAUCGUCGUCAUCAAGCCCCACGAACACAGGAUCUACUGAAAGGCACUCAACGCCCACACCAACAUCCGCUACGUCCAGGACAUCAUCUGAAUCUACCAGUACAACCAGAAAGGCAACGCCGACAACCACAGGGCGUACAUCACCAUCUGGAUCGACCGGCACAUCAUCGCCGUUGACCACACCAUCCGCAACGCCAACACACUUGUCUCAUGCAUCCAGUACUCCGUCGGCUAGGACGACUGUAUCUCCAUCAUCUACGUCACAUGGAUCCACAGCAUCGUCGUCAUCAAGCCCCACGAACACAAGAUCUACUGAAAGGCACUCAACGCCCACACCAACAUCCGCUACGUCCAGGACAUCAUCUGAAUCUACCAGUACAUCCAGAAAGGCAACGCCGACAACCACAAGGCGUACAUCACCAUCUGGAUCGACCGGCACAUCAUCGCCGUUGACCACACCAUCUGCAACGCCAACACACUCGUCUCAUGCAUCCAGUACUCCGUCGGCCAGGACGACUGUAUCCCCAUCGUCUACGUCACAUGGAUCCACAGCAUCGUCGGCAUCAAGCCCCACGAACACAGGAUCUACUGAAAGGCACUCAACGCCCACACCAACAUCCGCUACGUCGAAGACAUCAUCCGAAUCUACCAGUACAUCCAGAAAGGCAACGCCAACAACCACAGGGCGCACAUCACCAUCUGAAUCGACCGGCACAUCAUCGCCGUUGACCACACCAUCUGCAACGCCAACACACUCGUCUCAUGCAUCCAGUACUCCGUCGGCCAGGACGACUGUAGCCCCAUCGUCUACGUCACAUGGAUCCACAGCAUCGUCGUCAUCAAGCACCACGAACACAGGAUCUACUGAAAGGCACUCAACGCCCACACCAACAUCCGCUACGUCCAGGACAUCAUCUGAAUCUACCAGUACAUCCAGAAAGGCAACGCCAACAACCACAUGGCGCACAUCACCAUCUGGAUCGACCGGCACAUCAUCGCCGUUGACCACACCAUCCGCAACGCCAACACACUCGUCUCAUGCAUCCAGUACUCCGUCGGCUAGGACGACUGUAGCCCCAUCGUCUACGUCACAUGGAUCCACAGCAUCGUCGGCAUCAAGCACCGCGAACACAGGAUCUACUGAAAGGCACUCAACGCCCACACAAACAUCCGCUACGUCGAGGACAUCAUCCGAAUCCACAAGUACAUCCAGAAAGGCAACGCCAACAACCACAGGGCGCACAUCACCAUCUGGAUCGACCGGCACAUCAUCGCCGUUGACCACACCAUCCGCAACGCCAACACACUCGUCUCAUGCAUCCAGUACUCCGUCGGCUAGGACGACUGUAUCUCCAUCGUCUACGUCACAUGGAUCCACAGCAUCGUCGUCAUCAAGCCCCACGAACACAGGAUCUACUGAAAGGCACUCAACGCCCACACCAACAUCCGCUACUUCGAGGACAUCAUCCGAAUCUACCAGUACAUCCAGAAAGGCAACGCCAACAACCACAGGGCGCACAUCACCAUCUGGAUCGACCGGCACAUCAUCGCCGUUGACCACACCAUCUGCAACGCCAACACACUCGUCUCAUGCAUCCAGUACUCCGUUGGCCAGGACGACUGUAUCCCCAUCGUCUACGUCACAUGGAUCCACAGCAUCGUCGGCAUCAAGCACCGCGAACACAGGAUCUACUGAAAGGCACUCAACGCCCACACAAACAUCCGCUACGUCGAUGACAUCAUCCGAAUCCACAAGUACAUCCAGAAUGGCAACGCCAACAACCACAGGGCGCACAUCACCAUCUGGAUCGACCGGCACAUCAUCGCCGUUGACCACACCAUCCGCAACGCCAACACACUCGUCUCAUGCAUCCAGUACUCCGUCGGCUAGGACGACUGUAUCUCCAUCGUCUACGUCACAUGGAUCCACAGCAUCGUCGUCAUCAAGCCCCACGAACACAGGAUCUACUGAAAGGCACUCAACGCCCACACCAACAUCUGCUACGACGACUGUAUCUUCAUCAUCUACGUCACAUGGAUCCACAGCAUCGUCGUCAUCAAGCACCACGAACACAGGAUCUACUGAAAGGCACUCAACGCCCACACCAACAUCCGCUACGUCGAAGACAUCAUCCGAAUCUACCAGAUCUACUGAAAGGCACUCAACGCCCACACCAACAUCCGCUACGUCCAGGACAUCAUCUGAAUCUACCAGUACAACCAGAAAGGCAACGCCGACAACCACAGGGCGUACAUCACCAUCUGGAUCGACCGGCACAUCAUCGCCGUUGACCACACCAUCCGCAACGCCAACACACUCGUCUCAUGCAUCCAGUACUCCGUCGGCUAGGACGACUGUAUCUCCAUCGUCUACGUCACAUGGAUCCACAGCAUCGUCGUCAUCAAGCCCCACGAACACAGGAUCUACUGAAAGGCACUCAACGCCCACACCAACAUCCGCUACGUCGAGGACAUCAUCCGAAUCUACCAGUACAUCCAGAAAGGCAACGCCAACAACCACAGGGCGCACAUCACCAUCUGAAUCGACCGGCACAUCAUCGCCGUUGACCACACCAUCUGCAACGCCAACACACUCGUCUCAUGCAUCCAGUACUCCGUCGGCUAGGACGACUGUAUCUCCAUCGUCUACGUCACAUGGAUCCACAGCAUCGUCGUCAUCAAGCCCCACGAACACAGGAUCUACUGAAAGGCACUCAACGCCCACACCAACAUCCGCUACGUCCAGGACAUCAUCCGAAUCUACCAGUACAUCCAGAAAGGCAACGCCAACAACCACAGGGCGCACAUCACCAUCUGAAUCGACCGGCACAUCAUCGCCGUUUACCACACCAUCUGCAACGCCAACACACUCGUCUCAUGCAUCCAGUACUCCGUCGGCCAGGACGACUGUAGCCCCAUCGUCUACGUCACAUGGAUCCACAGCAUCGUCGUCAUCACGCACCACGAACACAGGAUCUACUGAAAGGCACUCAACGCCCACACCAACAUCCGCUACUUCGAGGACAUCAUCCGAAUCUACUAGUACAUCCAGAAAGGCAACGCCAACAACCACAGGGCACACAUCACCAUCUGGAUCGACCGGCACAUCAUCGCCGUUGACCACACCAUCUGCAACGCCAACACACUCGUCUCAUGCAUCCAGUACUCCGUCGGCCAGGACGACUGUAGCCCCAUCGUCUACGUCACAUGGAUCCACAGCAUCGUCGGCAUCAAGCACCGCGAACACAGGAUCUACUGAAAGGCACUCAACGCCCACACAAACAUCCGCUACGUCGAUGACAUCAUCCGAAUCCACAAGUACAUCCAGAAUGGCAACGCCAACAACCACAGGGCGCACAUCACCAUCUGGAUCGACCGGCACAUCAUCGCCGUUGACCACACCAUCCGCAACGCCAACACACUCGUCUCAUGCAUCCAGUACUCCGUUGGCCAGGACGACUGUAUCCCCAUCGUCUACGUCACAUGGAUCCACAGCAUCGUCGUCAUCAAGCCCCACGAACACAGGAUCUACUGAAAGGCACUCAACGCCCACACCAACAUCCGCUACGUCCAGGACAUCAUCUGAAUCUACCAGUACAUCCAGAAAGGCAACGCCGACAACCACAGGGCGUACAUCACCAUCUGGAUCGACCGGCACAUCAUCGCCGUUGACCACACCAACCGCACCGCCAACACACUCGUCUCAUGAAUCCAGUACUCCGUCGGCCAGGACGACUGUAUCCCCAUCGUCUACGUCACAUGGAUCCACAGCAUCGUCGGCAUCAAGCCCCACGAACACAGGAUCUACUGAAAGGCACUCAACGCCCACACCAACAUCCGCUACGUCGAGGACAUCAUCCGAAUCUACCAGUACAUCCAGAAAGGCAACGCCAACAACCACAGGGCGCACAUCACCAUCUGGAUCGACCGGCACAUCAUCGCCGUUGACCACACCAUCCGCAACGCCAACACACUCGUCUCAUGCAUCCAGUACUCCGUCGGCUAGGACGACUGUAUCUCCAUCGUCUACGUCACAUGGAUCCACUGCAUCGUCGGCAUCAAGCCCCACGAACACAGGAUCUACUGAAAGGCACUCAACGCCCACACCAACAUCCGCUACGUCCAGGACAUCAUCUGAAUCUACCAGUACAUCCAGAAAGGCAACGCCAACAACCACAGGGCGCACAUCACCAUCUGGAUCGACCGGCACAUCAUCGCCGUUGACCACACCAUCCGCAACGCCAACACACUCGUCUCAUGCAUCCAGUACUUCGUCGGUUAGGCCGACUGUAUCUUCAUCAUCUACGUCACAUGGAUCCACACCAUCGUCGUCAUCAAGCACCAGGAACACAGGAUCUACUGAAAGGCACUCAACGUCCACACCAACAUCCGCUACGUCCAGGACAUCAUCUGAAUCUACCAGUACAUCCAGAAAGGCAACGCCGACAACCACAAGGCGUACAUCACCAUCUGGAUCGACCGGCACAUCAUCGCCGUUGACCGCACCAUCCGCAACGCCAACACACUCGUCUCAUGCAUCCAGUACUCCGUCGGCUAGGACGACUGUAUCUCCAUCGUCUACGUCACAUGGAUCCACAGCAUCGUCGUCAUCAAGCCCCACGAACACAGGAUCUACUGAAAAGCACUCAACGCCCACACCAACAUCCGCUACGUCGAGGACAUCAUCCGAAUCUACCAGUACAUCCAGAAAGGCAACGCCAACAACCACAGGGCGCACAUCACCAUCUGGAUCGACCGGCACAUCAUCGCCGUUGACCACAUCAUCCGCAACGCCAACACACUCGUCUCAUGCAUCCAGUACUCCGUUGGCCAGGACGACUGUAUCCCCAUCGUCUACGUCACAUGGAUCCACAGCAUCGUCGGCAUCAAGCCCCACGAACACAGGAUCUACUGAAAGGCACUCAACGCCCACACCAACAUCCGCUACUUCGAGGACAUCAUCCGAAUCUACCAGUACAUCCAGAAAGGCAACGCCAACAACCACAGGGCGCACAUCACCAUCUGGAUCGACCGGCACAUCAUCGCCGUUGACCACACCAGACGCAACGCCAACACACUCGUCUCAUGCAUCCAGUACUCCGUUGGCCAGGACGACUGUAUCCCCAUCGUCUACGUCACAUGGAUCCACAGCAUCGUCGGCAUCAAGCCCCACGAACACAGGAUCUACUGAAAAGCACUCAACGCCCACACCAACAUCCGCUACGUCGAGGACAUCAUCCGAAUCUACCAGUACAUCCAGAAAGGCAACGCCAACAACCACAGGGCGCACAUCACCAUCUGGAUCGACCGGCACAUCAUCGCCGUUGACCACAUCAUCCGCAACGCCAACACACUCGUCUCAUGCAUCCAGUACUCCGUUGGCCAGGACGACUGUAUCCCCAUCGUCUACGUCACAUGGAUCCACAGCAUCGUCGGCAUCAAGCCCCACGAACACAGGAUCUACUGAAAGGCACUCAACGCCCACACCAACAUCCGCUACUUCGAGGACAUCAUCCGAAUCUACCAGUACAUCCAGAAAGGCAACGCCAACAACCACAGGGCGCACAUCACCAUCUGGAUCGACCGGCACAUCAUCGCCGUUGACCACACCAGACGCAACGCCAACACACUCGUCUCAUGCAUCCAGUACUCCGUCGGCCAGGACGACUGUAUCCCCAUCGUCUACGUCACAUGGAUCCACAGCGUCGUCGGCAUCAAGCCCCACGAACACAGGAUCUACAGAAAGGCACUCAACGCCCACACCAACAUCCGCUACGUCCAGGACAUCAUCUGAGUCUACCAGUACAUCCAGAAAGGCAACUCCAACAACCACAGGGCGAACAUCACCAUCUGAAUCGACCGGCACAUCAUCGCCGUUGACCACACCAUCCGCAACGCCAACACACUCGUCUCAUGCAUCCAGUACUCCGUCGGCCAGGACGACUGUAUCCCCAUCGUCUACGUCACAUGGAUCCACAGCGUCGUCGGCAUCAAGCCCCACGAACACAAGAUCUACAGAAAGGCACUCAACGCCCACACCACCAUCCGCUACGUCCAGGACAUCAUCUGAGUCUACCAGUACAUCCAGAAAGGCAACUCCAACAACCACAGGGCGCACAUCACCAUCUGAAUCGACCGGCACAUCAUCGCCGUUGACCACACCAUCCGCAACGCCAACACACUCGUCUCAUGCAUCCAGUACUCCGUCGGCCAGGACGACUGUAUCCCCAUCGUCUACGUCACAUGGAUCCACAGCGUCGUCGGCAUCAAGCCCCACGAACACAGGAUCUAAUGAAAGGCACUCAACGCCCACACCAACAUCCGCUUCGUCGAGGACAUCAUCCGAAUCUAACAGUACAUCCAGAAAGGCAACGCCAACAACCACAGGGCGCACAUCACCAUCUGUAUCGACCGGCACAUCAUCGCCGUUGACCACACCAUCCGCAACGCCAACACACUCGUCUCAUGCAUCCAGUACUCCGUCGGCCAGGACGACUGUAUCCCCAUCGUCUACGUCACAUGGAUCCACAGCGUCGUCGGCAUCAAGCCCCACGAACACAGGAUCUACAGAAAGGCACUCAACGCCCACACCAACAUCCGCUACGUCCAGGACAUCAUCUGAGUCUACCAGUACAUCCAGAAAGGCAACUCCAACAACCACAGGGCGAACAUCACCAUCUGGAUCGACCGGCACAUCAUCGCAGUUGACCACACCAUCCGCAACGCCAACACACUCGUCUCAUGCAUCCAGUACACCGUCGGCCAGGACGACUGUAUCUCCAUCGUCUACGUCACAUGGAUCCACUGCAUCGUCGGCAUCAAGCCCCACGAACACAGGAUCUACUGAAAGGAACUCAACGCCCACACCAACAUCCGCUACGUCCAGGACAUCAUCUGAAUCUACCAGUACAUCCAGAAAGGCAACGCCAACAACCACAGGGCGCACAUCACCAUCUGGAUCGACCGGUACAUCAUCGCCGUUGACCACACCAUCCGCAACGCCAACACACUCGUCUCAUGCAUCCAAUACUCCGACGGCUAGGACAACUGUAUCUCCAUCGUCUACGUCAUAUGGAUCCACAGCAUCGUCGUCAUCAAGCCACACGAACACAGGAUCUACUGAAAGGCACUCAACGCCCACACCAACAUCCGCUACGUCCAGGACAUCAUCUGAAUCUACCAGUACAUCCAGAAAGGCAACGCCCACAACCACAGGGCGUACAUCACCAUCUGGAUCGACCGGCACAUCAUCGCCGUUGACCACACCAACCGCAACGCCAACACACUCGUCUCAUGCAUCUAGUACUCCGUCGGCCAGGACGACUGUAUCCCCAUCGUCUACGUCACAUGGAUCCACAGCAUCGUCGGCAUCAAGCCCCACGAACACAGGAUCUACUGAAAGGCACUCAACGCCCACACCAACAUCCGCUACGUCCAGGACAUCAUCUGAAUCUACCAGUACAUCCAGAAAGGCAACGCCCACAACCACAGGGCGUACAUCACCAUCUGGAUCGACCGGCACAUCAUCGCCGUUGACCACACCAUCCGCAACGCCAACACACUCGUCUCAAGCAUCCAGUACUCCGUCGGCUAGGACGACUGUAUCUCCAUCGUCUACGUCACAUGGAUCCACAGCAUCGUCGGCAUCAAGCCCCACGAACACAGGAUCUACUGAAAGGCACUCAACGCCCACACCAACAUCCGCUACGUCCAGGACAUCAUCUGAAUCUAUCAGUACAUCCAGAAAGUCAACGCCAACAACCACAGGGCGCACAUCACCAUCUGGAUCGACCGGUACAUCAUCGCCGUUGACCACACCAUCCGCAACGCCAACACACUUGUCUCAUGCAUCCAAUACUCCGUCGGCUAGGACAACUGUAUCUCCAUCGUCUACGUCAUAUGGAUCCACAGCAUCGUCGUCAUCAAGCCACACGAACACAGGAUCUACUGAAAGGCACUCAACGCCCACACCAACAUCCGCUACGUCGAGGACAUCAUCCGAAUCCACAAGUACAUCCAGAAAGGCAACGCCAACAACCACAGGGCGCACAUCACCAUCUGGAUCGACCGGCACAUCAUCGCCGUUGACCACACCAUCCGCAACGCCAACACACUCGUCUCAUGCAUCCAGUACUCCGUCGGCUAGGACGACUGUAUCUCCAUCGUCUACGUCACAUGGAUCCACAGCAUCGUCGUCAUCAAGCCCCACGAACACAGGAUCUACUGAAAGGCACUCAACGCCCACACCAACAUCCGCUACGUCCAGGACAUCAUCUGAAUCUACCAGUACAUCCAGAAAGGCAACGCCGACAACCACAGGGCGUACAUCACCAUCUGGAUCGACCGGCACAUCAUCGCCGUUGACCACACCAUCCGCAACGCCAACACACUCGUCUCAUGCAUCCAGUACUCCGUUGGCCAGGACGACUGUAUCCCCAUCGUCUACGUCACAUGGAUCCACAGCAUCGUCGGCAUCAAGCCCCACGAACACAGGAUCUACUGAAAGGCACUCAACGCCCACACCAACAUCCGCUACUUCGAGGACAUCAUCCGAAUCUACCAGUACAUCCAGAAAGGCAACGCCGACAACCACAAGGCGUACAUCACCAUCUGGAUCGACCGGCACAUCAUCGCCGUUGACCACACCAUCCGCAACGCCAACACACUCGUCUCAUGCAUCCAGUACUCCGUCGGCUAGGACGACUGUAUCUCCAUCGUCUACGUCACAUGGAUCCACAGCAUCGUCGUCACCAAGCCCCACGAACACAGGAUCUACUGAAAGGCACUCAACGCCCACACCAACAUCCGCUACGUCCAGGACAUCAUCUGAAUCUACCAGUACAUCCAGAAAGGCAACGCCGACAACCACAAGGCGUACAUCACCAUCUGGAUCGACCGGCACAUCAUCGCCGUUGACCACACCAUCCGCAACGCCAACACACUCGUCUCAUGCAUCCAGUACUCCGUCGGCUAGGACGACUGUAUCUCCAUCGUCUACGUCACAUGGAUCCACAGCAUCGUCGUCAUCAAGCACCACGAACACUGGAUCUACUGAAAAGCACUCAACGCCCACACCAACAUUCGCUACGUCGAGGACAUCAUCCGAAUCUACCAGUACAUCCAGAAAGGCAACGCGAACAACCACAGGGCGCACAUCACCAUCUGGAUCGGCCGGCACAUCAUCGCCGUUGACCACACCAUCCGCAACGCCAACACACUCGUCUCAUGCAUCCAGUACUCCGUUGGCCAGGACGACUGUAUCCCCAUCGUCUGCGUCACAUGGAUCCACAGCAUCGUCGGCAUCAAGCCCCACGAACACAGGAUCUACUGAAAGGCACUCAACGCCCACACCAACAUCCGCUACUUCGAGGACAUCAUCCGAAUCUACCAGUACAUCCAGAAAGGCAACGCCAACAACCACAGGGCGCACAUCACCAUCUGGAUCGACCGGCACAUCAUCGCCGUUGACCACACCAGACGCAACGCCAACACACUCGUCUCUUGCAUCCAGUACUCCGUCGGCCAGGACGACUGUAUCUCCAUCGUCUACGUCACAUGGAUCCACAGCAUCGUCGUCAUCAAGCCCCACGAACACAGGAUCUACUGAAAGGCACUCAACGCCCACACCAACAUCCGCUACUUCGAGGACAUCAUCCGAAUCUACCAGUACAUCCAGAAAGGCAACGCCGACAACCACAGGGCGUACAUCACCAUCUGGAUCGACCGGCACAUCAUCGCCGUUGACCACACCAUCUGCAACGCCAACACACUCGUCUCAGGCAUCCAGUACUCCGUCGGCUAGGACGACUGUAUCUCCAUCGUCUACGUCACAUGGAAACACAGCAUCGUCGGCAUCAAUCCCCACGGACACAGGAUCUACUGAAAGGCACUCAACGCCCACUCCAACAUCCGCUACGUCCAGGACAUCAGCUGAGUCUACCAAUACAUCCAGAAAGGCAACGCCAACAACUACAGGGCGCACAUCACCAUCUGGAUCGACCGGCACAUCAUCGCCGUUGACCACACCAUCCGCAACGCCAACACACUCGUCUCAAGCAUCCAGUACUCCGUCGGCCAGGACGACUGUAUCUCCAUCGUCUACGUCACAUGGAUCCACAGCAUCGUCGUCAUCACGCCCCACGAACACAGGAUCUACUGAAAGGCACUCAACGCCCACACCAACAUCCGCUACGUCCAGGACAUCCUCUGAAUCUACCAGUACAUCCAGAAAGGCAACGCCAACAACCACAGGGCGUACAUCACCAUCUGGAUCGACCGGCACAUCAUCGCCGACGACCACACCAUCCGCAACGCCAUCACAAUCGUCUCAUGCAUCCAGUACUCCGUCGGGUAGGACGACUGUAUCUCCAUCGUCUACGUCACAUGGAUCCACAGCAUCGUCGGCAUCAAGCCCCACGAACACAGGAUCUACUGAAAGGCACUCAACGCCCACACCAACAUCCGCUACGUCCAGGACAUCAUCUGAGUCUACCAGUACAUCCAGAAAGGCAACUCCAACAACCGCAGCGCGUACAUCACCAUCUGGAUCGACCGGCACAUCAUCGCCGGUGACCACACCAUCCGCAACGCCAUCACACUCGUCUCAUGCAUCCAGUACUCCGUCGGCUAGGACGACUGUAUCUCCAUCGUCUACGUCACAUGGAUCCACAGCAUCGUCGGCAUCAAGCCGCACGAACACAGGAUCUACUGAAAGGCACUCAACGCCCACACCAACAUCCGCUACGUCCAGGACAUCAUAUGAGUCUACCAGUACAUCCAUAAAGGCAACGCCAGCAACCACAAGGCGCACAUCACCAUCUGGAUCGACCGGCACAUCGUCGCCGUUGACCACACCAUCCGCAACGCCAACACACUCGUCUCAAGCAUCCAGUAUUCCGUCGGCUAGGACGACUGUAUCUCCAUCGUCUACGUCACAUGGAUCCACAGCAUCGUCGGCAUCAAGCCCCACGAACACAGGAUCUACUGAAAGGCACUCAACGCCCACACCAACAUCCGCUACGUCCAGGACAUCAUCUGAGUCUACCAGUACAUCCAGAAAGGCAACUCCAACAACGACAGGGCGCACAUCACCAUCUGGAUCGACCGGCACAUCGUCGCCGUUGACCAUACCAUCCGCAACGCCAACACACUCGUCUCAAGCAUCCAGUACUCCGUCGGCUAGGACGACUGUAUCUCCAUCGUCUACGUCACAUGGAUCCACAGCAUCAUCGGCAUCAAUCCCCACGAACACAGGAUCUACUGAAAGGCACUCAACGCUCACACCAACAUCCGCUACGUCCAGGACAUCAUCUGAAUCUACCAGUACAUCCAGAAAGGCAACGCCAACAACCACAGGGCGUACAUCACCAUCUGGAUCGACCGGCACAUCAUCGCCGUUGACCACACCAUCCGCAACGCCAUCACACUCGUCUCAUGCAUCCAGUACUCCGUCGGGUAGGACGACUGUAUCUCCAUCGUCUACGUCACAUGGAUCCACAGCAUCGUCGGCAUCAAUCCCCACGAACACAGGAUCUACUGAAAGGCACUCAACGCUCACACCAACAUCCGCUACGUCCAGGACAUCAUCUGAAUCUACCAGUACAUCCAGAAAGGCAACGCCAACAACCACAAGGCGUACAUCACCAUCUGGAUCGACCGGCACAUCAUCGCCGUUGACCACACCAUCCGCAACGCCAACACACUCGUCUCAUGCAUCCAGUACUCCAUCGGCUAGGACGACUGUAUCUCCAUCGUCUACGUCACAUGGAUCCACAGCAUCGUCGUCAUCAAGCCCCACGAACACAGGAUCUACUGAAAGGCACUCAACGAACACACCAACAUCCGCUACGUCCAGGACAUCAUCUGAAUCUACCAGUACAUCCAGAAAGGCAACGCCGACAACCACAGGGCGUACAUCACCAUCUGGAUCGACCGGCACAUCAUCGCCGUUGACCACACCAUCUGCAACGCCAACACACUCGUCUCAGGCAUCCAGUACUCCGUCGGCUAGGACGACUGUAUCUCCAUCGUCUACGUCACAUGGAUCCACAGCAUCGUCGUCAUCAAGCCCCACGAACACAGUAUCUACUGAAAGGCACUCAACGCCCACACCAACAUCCGCUACGUCCAGGACAUCAUCUGAGUCUACCAGUACAUCCAGAAAGGCAACUCCAACAACGACAGGGCGCACAUCACCAUCUGGAUCGACCGGCACAUCAUCGCCGGUGACCACACCAUCCGCAACGCCAUCACACUCGUCUCAUGCAUCCAGUACUCCGUCGGCUAGGACGACUGUAUCUCCAUCGUCUACGUCACAUGGAUCCAGAGCAUCGUCGGCAUCAAUCCCCACGAACACAGGAUCUACUGAAAGGCACUCAACGCUCACACCAACAUCCGCUACGUCCAGGACAUCAUCUGAAUCUACCAGUACAUCCAGAAAGGCAACGCCAACAACGACAGGGCGCACAUCACCAUCUGGAUCGACCGGCACAUCGUCGCCGUUGACCAUACCAUCCGCAACGCCAACACACUCGUCUCAAGCAUCCAGUACUCCGUCGGCUAGGACAACUGUAUCUCCAUCGUCUACGUCACAUGGAUCCACAGCAUCAUCGGCAUCAAUCCCCACGAACACAGGAUCUACUGAAAGGCACUCAACGCUCACACCAACAUCCGCUACGUCCAGGACAUCAUCUGAAUCUACCAGUACAUCCAGAAAGGCAACGCCAACAACCACAGGGCGUACAUCACCAUCUGGAUCGACCGGCACAUCAUCGCCGUUGACCACACCAUCCGCAACGCCAUCACACUCGUCUCAUGCAUCCAGUACUCCGUCGGGUAGGACGACUGUAUCUCCAUCGUCUACGUCACAUGGAUCCACAGCAUCGUCGGCAUCAAUCCCCACGAACACAGGAUCUACUGAAAGGCACUCAACGCUCACACCAACAUCCGCUACGUCCAGGACAUCAUCUGAAUCUACCAGUACAUCCAGAAAGGCAACGCCAACAACCACAAGGCGUACAUCACCAUCUGGAUCGACCGGCACAUCAUCGCCGUUGACCACACCAUCCGCAACGCCAACACACUCGUCUCAUGCAUCCAGUACUCCAUCGGCUAGGACGACUGUAUCUCCAUCGUCUACGUCACAUGGAUCCACAGCAUCGUCGUCAUCAAGCCCCACGAACACAGGAUCUACUGAAAGGCACUCAACGAACACACCAACAUCCGCUACGUCCAGGACAUCAUCUGAAUCUACCAGUACAUCCAGAAAGGCAACGCCGACAACCACAGGGCGUACAUCACCAUCUGGAUCGACCGGCACAUCAUCGCCGUUGACCACACCAUCUGCAACGCCAACACACUCGUCUCAGGCAUCCAGUACUCCGUCGGCUAGGACGACUGUAUCUCCAUCGUCUACGUCACAUGGAUCCACAGCAUCGUCGUCAUCAAGCCCCACGAACACAGUAUCUACUGAAAGGCACUCAACGCCCACACCAACAUCCGCUACGUCCAGGACAUCAUCUGAGUCUACCAGUACAUCCAGAAAGGCAACUCCAACAACGACAGGGCGCACAUCACCAUCUGGAUCGACCGGCACAUCAUCGCCGGUGACCACACCAUCCGCAACGCCAUCACACUCGUCUCAUGCAUCCAGUACUCCGUCGGCUAGGACGACUGUAUCUCCAUCGUCUACGUCACAUGGAUCCAGAGCAUCGUCGGCAUCAAUCCCCACGAACACAGGAUCUACUGAAAGGCACUCAACGCUCACACCAACAUCCGCUACGUCCAGGACAUCAUCUGAAUCUACCAGUACAUCCAGAAAGGCAACGCCAACAACCACAGGGCGUACAUCACCAUCUGGAUCGACCGGCACAUCAUCGCCGUUGACCACACCAUCCGCAACGCCAUCACACUCGUCUCAUGCAUCCAGUACUCCGUCGGCUAGGACGACUGUAUCUCCAUCGUCUACGUCACAUGGAUCCACAGCAUCGUCGUCAUCAAGCCCCACGAACACAGGAUCUACUGAAAGGCACUCAACGCCCACACCAACAUCCGCUACGUCCAGGACAUCGUCUGAGUCUACCAGUACAUCCAGAAAGGCAACGCCAACAACCACAGGGCGCACAUCACCAUCUGGAUCGACCGGCACAUCGUCGCCGUUGACCACACCAUCCGCAACGCCAACACACUCGUCUCAAGCAUCCAGUACUCCGUCGGCUAGGACGACUGUAUCUCCAUCGUCUACGUCACAUGGAUCCACAGCAUCGUCGGCAUCAAUCCCCACGAACAUAGGAUCUACUGAAAGGCACUCAACGCUCGCACCAACAUCCGCUACGUCCAGGACAUCAUCUGAAUCUACCAGUACAUCCAGAAAGGCAACGCCAACAACCACAGGGCGUACAUCACCAUCUGGAUCGACCGGCACAUCAUCGCCGUUGACCACACCAUCCGCAACGCCAUCACACUCGUCUCAUGCAUCCAGUACUCCGUCGGUUAGGACGACUGUAUCUCCAUCGUCUACGUCACAUGGAACCACAGCAUCGUCGGCAUCAAUCCCCACGGACACAGGAUCUACUGAAAGGCACCCAACGCCCACACCAACAUCCGCUACGUCCAGGACAUCAUCUAAAUCUACCAGUACAUCCAGAAAGGCAACGCCAACAACCACAGGGCGUACAUCACCAUCUGGAUCGACCGGCACAUCAUCGCCGUUGACCACACCAUCCGCAACGCCAACACACUCGUCUCAAGCAUCCAGUACUCCGUCGGCUAGGACGACUGUAUCUCCAUCGUCUACGUCACAUGGAUCCACAGCAUCGUCGGCAUCAAUCCCCACGAACACAGGAUCUACUGAAAGGCACUCAACGCUCACACCAACAUCCGCUACGUCCAGGACAUCAUCUGAAUCUACCAGUACAUCCAGAAAGGCAACGCCAACAACCACAGGGCGUACAUCACCAUCUGGAUCGACCGGCACAUCAUCGCCGUUGACCACACCAUCCGCAACGCCAUCACACUCGUCUCAUGCAUCCAGUACUCCGUCGGCCAGGACGACUGUAUCUCCAUCGUCUACGUCACAUGGAUCCACAGCAUCGUCGUCAUCACGCCCCACGAACACAGGAUCUACUGAAAGGCUCUCAACGCCCACACCAACAUCCGCUACGUCCAGGACAUCCUCUGAAUCUACCAGUACAUCCAGAAAGGCAACGCCAACAACCACAGGGCGUACAUCACCAUCUGGAUCGACCGGCACAUCAUCGCCGACGACCACACCAUCCGCAACGCCAUCACAAUCGUCUCAUGCAUCCAGUACUCCGUCGGCUAGGACAACUGUAUCUCCAUCGUCUAAGUCACAUGGAUCCACAGCAUCGUCGGCAUCAAUCCCCACGAACACAGGAUCUACUGAAAGGCACUCAACGCCCACACCAGCAUCCGCUACGUCCAGGACAUCAUCUGAAUCUACCAGUACAUCUAGAAAGGCAACGCCAACAACCGCAGCGCGUACAUCACCAUCUGGAUCGACCGGCACAUCAUCGCCGACGACCACACCAUCCGCAACGCCAUCACAAUCGUCUCAUGCAUCCAGUACUCCGUCGGCUAGGACAACUGUAUCUCCAUCGUCUAAGUCACAUGGAUCCACAGCAUCGUCGGCAUCAAUCCCCACGAACACAGGAUCUACUGAAAGGCACUCAACGCCCACACCAGCAUCCGCUACGUCCAGGACAUCAUCUGAAUCUGCCAGUACAUCUAGAAAGGCAACGCCAACAACCGCAGCGCGUACAUCACCAUCUGGAUCGACCGGCACAUCAUCGCCGGUGACCACACCAUCCGCAACGCCAUCACACUCGUCUCAUGCAUCCAGUACUCCGUCGGCUAGGACGACUGUAUCUCCAUCGUCUACGUCACAUGGAUCCACAGCAUCGUCGGCAUCAAGCCGCACGAACACAGGAUCUACUGAAAGGCACUCAACGCCCACACCAACAUCCGCUACGUCCAGGACAUCAUCUGAGUCUACCAGUACAUCCAUAAAGGCAACGCCAGCAACCACAAGGCGCACAUCACCAUCUGGAUCGACCGGCACAUCGUCGCCGUUGACCACACCAUCCGCAACGCCAACACACUCGUCUCAAGCAUCCAGUAUUCCGUCGGCUAGGACGACUGUAUCUCCAUCGUCUACGUCACAUGGAUCCACAGCAUCGUCGUCAUCAAGCCCCACGAACACAGGAUCUACUGAAAGGCACUCAACGCCCACACCAACAUCCGCUACGUCCAGGACAUCGUCUGAGUCUACCAGUACAUCCAGAAAGGCAACGCCAACAACCACAGGGCGUACAUCACCAUCUGGAUCGACCGGCACAUCAUCGCCGUUGACCACACCAUCCGCAACGCCAUCACACUCGUCUCAUGCAUCCAGUACUCCGUCGGGUAGGACGACUGUAUCUCCAUCGUCUACGUCACAUGGAUCCACAGCAUUGUCGGCAUCAAUCCCCACGAACACAGGAUCUACUGAAAGGCACUCAACGCUCACACCAACAUCCGCUACGUCCAGGACAUCAUCUGAAUCUACCAGUACAUCCAGAAAGGCAACGCCAACAACCACAGGGCGUACAUCACCAUCUGGAUCGACCGGCACAUCAUCGCCGUUGACCACACCAUCCGCAACGCCAUCACACUCGUCUCAUGCAUCCAGUACUCCGUCGGCCAGGACGACUGUAGCCCCAUCGUCUACGUCACAUGGAUCCACAGCAUCGUCGGCAUCAAGCCCCACGAACACAGGAUCUACUGAAAGGCACUCAACGCCCACACCAACAUCCGCUACGUCCAGGACAUCAUCUGAGUCUACCAGUACAUCGAGAAAGGCAACGCCAACAACCACAGGGCGCACAUCACCAUCUGGAUCGACCGGCACAUCGUCGCCGUUGACCACACCAUCCGCAACGCCAACACACUCGUCUCAAGCAUCCAGUACUCCGUCGGCUAGGACGACUGUAUCUCCAUCGUCUACGUCACAUGGAUCCACAGCAUCGUCGUCAUCACGCCCCACGAACACAGGAUCUACUGAAAGGCUCUCAACGCCCACACCAACAUCCGCUACGUCCAGGACAUCCUCUGAAUCUACCAGUACAUCCAGAAAGGCAACGCCAACAACCACAGGGCGUACAUCACCAUCUGGAUCGACCGGCACAUCAUCGCCGACGACCACACCAUCCGCAACGCCAUCACAAUCGUCUCAUGCAUCCAGUACUCCGUCGGCUAGGACAACUGUAUCUCCAUCGUCUAAGUCACAUGGAUCCACAGCAUCGUCGGCAUCAAUCCCCACGAACACAGGAUCUACUGAAAGGCACUCAACGCCCACACCAGCAUCCGCUACGUCCAGGACAUCAUCUGAAUCUACCAGUACAUCUAGAAAGGCAACGCCAACAACCGCAGCGCGUACAUCACCAUCUGGAUCGACCGGCACAUCAUCGCCGACGACCACACCAUCCGCAACGCCAUCACAAUCGUCUCAUGCAUCCAGUACUCCGUCGGGUAGGACGACUGUAUCUCCAUCGUCUACGUCACAUGGAUCCACAGCAUCGUCGGCAUCAAGCCCCACGAACACAGGAUCUACUGAAAGGCACUCAACGCCCACACCAACAUCCGCUACGUCCAGGACAUCAUCUGAGUCUACCAGUACAUCCAGAAAGGCAACUCCAACAACCACAGGGCGAACAUCACCAUCGGGAUCGACCGGCACAUCAUCGCCGUUGACCACACCAUCCGCAACGCCAUCACACUCGUCUCAUGCAUCCAGUACUCCGUCGGCUAGGACAACUGUAUCUCCAUCGUCUAAGUCACAUGGAUCCACAGCAUCGUCGGCAUCAAUCCCCACGAACACAGGAUCUACUGAAAGGCACUCAACGCCCACACCAGCAUCCGCUACGUCCAGGACAUCAUCUGAAUCUGCCAGUACAUCUAGAAAGGCAACGCCAACAACCGCAGCGCGUACAUCACCAUCUGGAUCGACCGGCACAUCAUCGCCGGUGACCACACCAUCCGCAACGCCAUCACACUCGUCUCAUGCAUCCAGUACUCCGUCGGCUAGGACGACUGUAUCUCCAUCGUCUACGUCACAUGGAUCCACAGCAUCGUCGGCAUCAAGCCGCACGAACACAGGAUCUACUGAAAGGCACUCAACGCCCACACCAACAUCCGCUACGUCCAGGACAUCAUCUGAGUCUACCAGUACAUCCAUAAAGGCAACGCCAGCAACCACAAGGCGCACAUCACCAUCUGGAUCGACCGGCACAUCGUCGCCGUUGACCACACCAUCCGCAACGCCAACACACUCGUCUCAAGCAUCCAGUAUUCCGUCGGCUAGGACGACUGUAUCUCCAUCGUCUACGUCACAUGGAUCCACAGCAUCGUCGGCAUCAAGCCCCACGAACACAGGAUCUACUGAAAGGCACUCAACGCCCACACCAACAUCCGCUACGUCCAGGACAUCAUCUGAGUCUACCAGUACAUCCAGAAAGGCGACGCCAACAACCACAGGGCGCACAUCACCAUCUGGAUCGACCGGCACAUCGUCGCCGUUGACCACACCAUCCGCAACGCCAACACACUCGUCUCAAGCAUCCAGUACUCCGUCGGCUAGGACGACUGUAUCUCCAUCGUCUACGUCACAUGGAUCCACAGCAUCGUCGUCAUCACGCCCCACGAACACAGGAUCUACUGAAAGGCUCUCAACGCCCACACCAACAUCCGCUACGUCCAGGACAUCCUCUGAAUCUACCAGUACAUCCAGAAAGGCAACGCCAACAACCACAGGGCGUACAUCACCAUCUGGAUCGACCGGCACAUCAUCGCCGACGACCACACCAUCCGCAACGCCAUCACAAUCGUCUCAUGCAUCCAGUACUCCGUCGGCUAGGACAACUGUAUCUCCAUCGUCUAAGUCACAUGGAUCCACAGCAUCGUCGGCAUCAAUCCCCACGAACACAGGAUCUACUGAAAGGCACUCAACGCCCACACCAGCAUCCGCUACGUCCAGGACAUCAUCUGAAUCUACCAGUACAUCUAGAAAGGCAACGCCAACAACCGCAGCGCGUACAUCACCAUCUGGAUCGACCGGCACAUCAUCGCCGACGACCACACCAUCCGCAACGCCAUCACAAUCGUCUCAUGCAUCCAGUACUCCGUCGGGUAGGACGACUGUAUCUCCAUCGUCUACGUCACAUGGAUCCACAGCAUCGUCGGCAUCAAGCCCCACGAACACAGGAUCUACUGAAAGGCACUCAACGCCCACACCAACAUCCGCUACGUCCAGGACAUCAUCUGAGUCUACCAGUACAUCCAGAAAGGCAACUCCAACAACCACAGGGCGAACAUCACCAUCGGGAUCGACCGGCACAUCAUCGCCGUUGACCACACCAUCCGCAACGCCAUCACACUCGUCUCAUGCAUCCAGUACUCCGUCGGCUAGGACAACUGUAUCUCCAUCGUCUAAGUCACAUGGAUCCACAGCAUCGUCGGCAUCAAUCCCCACGAACACAGGAUCUACUGAAAGGCACUCAACGCCCACACCAGCAUCCGCUACGUCCAGGACAUCAUCUGAAUCUGCCAGUACAUCUAGAAAGGCAACGCCAACAACCGCAGCGCGUACAUCACCAUCUGGAUCGACCGGCACAUCAUCGCCGGUGACCACACCAUCCGCAACGCCAUCACACUCGUCUCAUGCAUCCAGUACUCCGUCGGCUAGGACGACUGUAUCUCCAUCGUCUACGUCACAUGGAUCCACAGCAUCGUCGGCAUCAAGCCGCACGAACACAGGAUCUACUGAAAGGCACUCAACGCCCACACCAACAUCCGCUACGUCCAGGACAUCAUCUGAGUCUACCAGUACAUCCAUAAAGGCAACGCCAGCAACCACAAGGCGCACAUCACCAUCUGGAUCGACCGGCACAUCGUCGCCGUUGACCACACCAUCCGCAACGCCAACACACUCGUCUCAAGCAUCCAGUAUUCCGUCGGCUAGGACGACUGUAUCUCCAUCGUCUACGUCACAUGGAUCCACAGCAUCGUCGGCAUCAAGCCCCACGAACACAGGAUCUACUGAAAGGCACUCAACGCCCACACCAACAUCCGCUACGUCCAGGACAUCAUCUGAGUCUACCAGUACAUCCAGAAAGGCGACGCCAACAACCACAGGGCGCACAUCACCAUCUGGAUCGACCGGCACAUCGUCGCCGUUGACCACACCAUCCGCAACGCCAACACACUCGUCUCAAGCAUCCAGUACUCCGUCGGCUAGGACGACUGUAUCUCCAUCGUCUACGUCACAUGGAUCCACAGCAUCGUCGGCAUCAAUCCCCACGAACACAGGAUCUACUGAAAGGCACUCAACGCUCACACCAACAUCCGCUACGUCCAGGACAUCAUCUGAAUCUACCAGUACAUCCAGAAAGGCAACGCCAACAACCACAGGGCGUACAUCGCCAUCUGGAUCGACCGGCACAUCAUCGCCGUUGACCACACCAUCCGCAACGCCAUCACACUCGUCUCAUGCAUCCAGUACUCCGUCGGCUAGGACGACUGUAUCUCCAUCGUCUACGUCACAUGGAUCCACAGCAUCGUCGGCAUCAAGCCCCACGAACACAGGAUCUACUGAAAGGCACUCAACGCCCACCUCAACAUCCGCUACGUCCAGGACAUCAUCUGAAUCUACCAGUACAUCCAGAAAGGCAACGCCAACAACCACAGGGCGUACAUCACCAUCUGGAUCGACCGGCACAUCAUCGCCGUUGACCACACCAUCCGCAACGCCAUCAAACUCGUCUCAUGCAUCCAGUACUCCGUCGGGUAGGACGACUGUAUCUCCAUCGUCUACGUCACAUGGAUCCACAGCAUUGUCGGCAUCAAUCCCCACGAACACAGGAUCUACUGAAAGGCACUCAACGCUCACACCAACAUCCGCUACGUCCAGGACAUCAUCUGAAUCUACCAGUACAUCCAGAAAGGCAACGCCAACAACCACAGGGCGUACAUCACCAUCUGGAUCGACCGGCACAUCAUCGCCGUUGACCACACCAUCCGCAACGCCAUCACACUCGUCUCAUGCAUCCAGUACUCCGUCGGCCAGGACGACUGUAGCCCCAUCGUCUACGUCACAUGGAUCCACAGCAUCGUCGGCAUCAAGCCCCACGAACACAGGAUCUACUGAAAGGCACUCAACGCCCACACCAACAUCCGCUACGUCCAGGACAUCAUCUGAGUCUACCAGUACAUCGAGAAAGGCAACGCCAACAACCACAGGGCGCACAUCACCAUCUGGAUCGACCGGCACAUCGUCGCCGUUGACCACACCAUCCGCAACGCCAACACACUCGUCUCAAGCAUCCAGUACUCCGUCGGCUAGGACGACUGUAUCUCCAUCGUCUACGUCACAUGGAUCCACAGCAUCGUCGGCAUCAAUCCCCACGAACAUAGGAUCUACUGAAAGGCACUCAACGCUCACACCAACAUCCGCUACGUCCAGGACAUCAUCUGAAUCUACCAGUACAUCCAGAAAGGCAACGCCAACAACCACAGUGCGUACAUCACCAUCUGGAUCGACCGGCACAUCAUCGCCGUUGACCACACCAUCCGCAACGCCAUCACACUCGUCUCAUGCAUCCAGUACUCCGUCGGCUAGGACGACUGUAUCUCCAUCGUCUACGUCACAUGGAACCACAGCAUCGUCGGCAUCAAGCCCCACGAACACAGGAUCUACUGAAAGGCACUCAACGCCCAGACCAACAUCCGCUACGUCCAGGACAUCAUCUGAAUCUACCAGUACAUCCAGAAAGGCAACGCCCACAACCACAGGGCGCACAUCACCAUCUGGAUCGACCGGCUCAUCAUCGCCGGUUACCGCACCAUCCGCUACGCCAACGCAGUCGUCUCAACCGUCCAGUACUCCUUCGGCUAGAACGACUGUACCUCCAGCGUCUACGGCGCAAGCUUCCACUGCAUCGUCUUCAUCAAGCCCCUCGAAUACAGGGCCCACUGGAUGGCACUCAACGCUCACCACAACAUCUGCAGCGUCCAGGACAUCACCGCAAUCCUCCAGUUCAUCCACAAAGGGAACGGCAACAUCCACCGCGCGCACAUUACCAUCCGGAUCGACCAGCACACCAUCGACAUUGACCACACCAUCCUCUACACCAUCUUAUUCUUCACAAUCAUCUAGGACUCCUUCAGCGCAACGAGGCUCAACACCGCCGUAUUCGACGGAGACAUCCUCUCCCCUACCGUCAUCUACGUCGCGAGCAUCCACAGCAUCGUCGGGGUCUAGUCGAAGGAACAAAGGGUCAACUGAAGUUCAUUCUACUCACACACCGAGAUCGGCAACGUCCAGGUCAUCAUUUCAAUCUUCCAGUGUAUCAACAGAGCGAGCGCCGUUAACCACGCCAUCACCUACGCCAUCGCAUUCUCCAGAAUCAUCUAGUACUCCUUCAGCGCAGGUUACGUCUAUUCCGGCAUGUUCCCCCACGACUGUUGAGAUGUGCAACUGUUCUGACGAUGAGCCGGACGUCCACAAUACAAUAAACGUCAACUUUGAUGUUCAUAAUACCUUUGAUGACGACGCGGGCGUUCAUAAUAGUGUCGUCGAUGACACUGGCAUUAAUAAUUUUGUCAAUGACGAGAGUAUUAUUAGGAAUGAAAUCAGUGAUAGAGCUCAGAUUGUGGACGCCCUUCGCGACGAUUCUGAAAUCCGCGUAGCUGUUGUUGACGACUUGAUGAAACGUAAAUCCGCGGACGAUGUCAUAGAUUUGCGGAAGGCCUUGAUCGAAAAUUCGGAUGUUGAAAAUAGUUUUGUCGAUAGUUUAAAUAUUCAAAAUGCUUUUAGUAACAACGUGGACAUGGAGAGUGCUGCCAAUGUUUUGAAUGCUUACGGCGAUGAAUCUAAACUACUGAAGGUCAUCGAUAAUGAGUCCGUGGUCCAGAAUUCUUUCAAUGAUGACACGAAUGAGUAUAAUAUCUUAAACCGGGAUUCAGACAUUCGUAACCUCAUUAACGGUGGUUCCAAUAUCCAUAACACUGUCGGUGAUGAUUCUGGCUUAUUGAACUAUUUGGAUAGUGUCUCAAGUGUUCAUAAUAUUUUGAAUGACGGCUCGAGCAUUCGUAAAACUUUGAAGGAUAGCUCGGACAUCCACAAGAUCUUUAACGAUGAUUCUGACAUCCGUAAAACGGUUAACCAUAAUUCAAAUAUCUACAAGAUCUUGAGUGGUGACCUAGCUGGCCUCAAGAAUGGUGGAUCCGAUAUUCGCAGAUCUUACAGUAACGUUUAA